UGGCUGUUCAGCGCUUCCUUCGGACGCUUUCCCAUCCUGUCCAUAUCCCCACGCGCUGCGUGACCUUCUUUUGGGCCGCCCGGGACCCUCGCAUCAAACCAAGCCCAUCAUGAGAGAACUCGGAAGCUGCUAUAUGAGGCAGGGCCGCGGCCCUUUCCUCGCCCGCAACCGCAAGAAUUGGUUAGGGAACUCGGAGUUCUCGUUCCUUCCCCCCACCUACAAACUUUACUCCUCGCUUCGGUCCGGUGCGGGUCACCAUCGAACAUACCAUGAAGGCUAUCACUGCGCUGGCGGCCGCGGCGCUGCUGCGUGAGGCUGCUGCAGCACCCCCGGCGCCGCCAUCCAGGGUUAUUGAGAAGCGGUCCGCCCCAACGGUCGUCAUCUCGUCGGGCACCAUCGUCGGCGUGAGCCGUGAGGACACCGAGGCCUUCACCGGCAUUCCGUUUGCCCAGGCCCCGGUUGGUCCGCUGAGACUCAAGCCCCCUGUCAGGCUCAACUCGUCGCUGGGCACCUUCGAUGCGUCGCAAACUGCGCCGGCGUGCCCGCAGUUCCUCGCCAAUACAGCGUCCGACGAUCUGCUGUCCGAAGUCCUCACCACCGUCUCAAACCUGCCGUUCUUCCAGAAGGCCCUCAAGAUCAGCGAGGACUGCUUGAACAUUGAUGUCUAUCGGCCCGUGGGCACCAAGGCCGGCGACAACCUGCCCGUUUUGUUUUGGAUCUUCGGAGGCGGCUUCGAGCUAGGUUGGAGCUCCAUGUAUGACGGCGGCCCGCUCGUCUCAGGUGCUGUCAGCUUGGGCAAGCCCUACAUCUUGGUGGCUGUCAACUAUCGCGUUGGUGGCUUUGGCUUCAUGCCCGGCAAGGAGAUCCUGGCCGACGGCGCUGCAAACCUCGGCCUCCUUGACCAGCGCAUGGGCCUCGAGUGGGUCGCCGACAACAUUGCGGCUUUCGGCGGUGACCCGGAUAGAGUGACCAUCUGGGGCGAGUCGGCCGGUGCCAUCUCCGUCUUCGACCAGAUGGCCCUCUACGACGGCGACAACACGUACAAGGGCAAGCCCCUAUUCCGCGGCGCCAUCAUGAACUCUGGCAGCAUCGUGCCCGCGGACCCCGUCGACUGCCCCAAGGGUCAAGUGGUCUACGAUACCGUUGUGAAACAGGCCGGCUGCGCCUCAUCCCAAGACACGCUGGCCUGCCUUCGCGCGCUUCCCUACGACAAGUUUCUAGCAGCCGCGAACUCGGUUCCUGCCAUCUUGUCAUACAGCUCGGUCGCUCUCUCCUACCUUCCCAGGCCGGACGGCAAAGCACUCACCGAGAGCCCGGAUGUCUUGGUCAAGGAGGGGAAGUAUGCCGCCGUGCCCAUGAUCAUUGGCGACCAGGAAGACGAAGGCACCCUCUUCGCGCUGUUCCAGUCGAACAUCACCACCAGCGACAAGCUUGCCAACUACCUCGGCACGCUUUUCUUCAACGACGCGAGCCAGGCGCAGGUGCAGGCCCUCGUGGGCCAGUACUCCCCCUUUGUCUGGGACGGCUCACCCUUCGGCACCGGCCUCCUGAACGAGGUGUACCCCGGUUUCAAGCGGCUCGCCGCGAUGCUCGGCGACCUCGUCUUCACUCUCACGCGGCGCGUCUUCCUCCAGGUCGCGACCUCCGUCAACCCAAGCGUGCCCGCGUGGUCGUACCUGGCUAGCUACGACGCCGGCACGCCCAUCCUUGGCACCUUUCACGGCAGCGACAUCCUGCAGGUCUUCUUCGGCAUCCUGCCGAACUACGCCAGCAGGAGCAUCCAGAGUUAUUACGCCAACUUUGUCUACAACCUGGACCCCAACGAUGCGUCCGGCGGCACCAGCGCCCAGAGCAAGGUCGCCGAGGAUUGGCCGCAAUGGACCGGUGCGGACCGCAACAUGAUCCAGUUCUUUGCGGAUCACAGCGGGUCUCUUGUGGAUGACUUCCGGUCCGGGGCGGCCGAUUUCAUUGCCGCGAACGUGGACAUUCUGCAUAUCUGAGCCGUACGGAACGGGGGAACGGGGGUUGGAUGAUGAUGAUUUGCAUACAAGCAUGGCGAUCCUACGGGCACCAUCGUUUGAUGGUCGGAUGACUGACAGCGACUCAUGAAAUGCGCAGGCCGUGGCGCUCACGAUCCCACGAAGGUUACGCCAGGUUGAUGUUUGAUGUCUUUCAUGUCGCAUGAACUACAGCGUGUGAUAGUCUCUAGGAGUAGCAUCAGGAGAGUAGCAUCAUGAUGAACAAAAGCGUCGGGAAUGUCCUACUCAACUAAUCACUCUCAUCCGAAAGGACUAAUUGUUAAUCAGGCCUGUCCCCGCCCUAGACCUGGCAAC